GGGUCUUAUCAAUUGACCACUCAGGAGCUCGAGAUAUUUCAUCCAUUUUCCGAAGAUGUGCGAAUUUCCACUGUUGACGUUUGGGAGCUCCCCUCCUCUCAUGUUCACACUCUUCGCUUCUUGUUUGGACAGACAACUCGUGUAUUAGACGGCGAGUCAUCGAUCGUACUUUGUCAUAAUGUUGGGCACUAUUCUUGCCUUCGUGGCGCUGUUAGCCCUCUAUCUCAUCGGUAGCGCCAUCUACAACGUCACUCUCCAUCCGCUGGCCGAUGUGCCCGGCCCCAAGAUCUGCGCCAUUACUCGUAUUCCAUACUGGCUUGUCGCGUUGAGAGGUGAAGAUAUAGAAUGGAUGAAGAGCCUACAUGAAGCUUAUGGCCCUGUCGUUCGUUUCGGCCCCACGGAUCUGAGUUACACGGCCGGAGAGGCCUGGAAUGACAUCCAUGGACCUAAGGUGACCGAAAAGGCCCAAGAGUUCUCAGUUCAGCCUGUGAAUGGCGUCCCGAGUAUGCUUACGGCGAACACCGAAGACCAUGCUCGAGUCCGUCGCCUCUUCUCGCCUGCCUUCUCGGAACGUGCGCUGAGACAACAAGAGCCGCUGUUCCGAAAGUACGUGGACCUUCUCAUGUACAAGUGUGGCGAAGUUGGCGAAGAAGGGCAAAAGGCUGUGGAAAUGACUCAAUUGCUCAACUUUGCAACAUUCGACGUCAUGGCCGAACUUUGCUUUGGCCAGCCCCUUGGCCUGCUGGCGAAGAACGAGUACAGCCCCUGGGUCAGGUCAAUUUUUGAGUCGCUCAAGAUGUUGCCCAUCGUUUCCAUCAUCAACUACUACCCCAUCCUGACUGCCAUAUUCAACCGCUUCGAACCAAAGUCUGUCGUGGAGCAGCGUGUCACCCACUGCAAGCACUCAGAGGAUCGUGUCAACCAACGACUGCAAGAUGGCUCUGACCAGCCUGAUGUCUGGAACUUGGUCUUGGCGGCCAAGGAAGGCAAAGGUCUUUCUCUUGAGGAGAUGCAUUCAAACUCGGAAAUCUUCAUGCUCGCUGGAUCGGAAACGACGGCUACACUUCUUAGCGGUUGUCUUUACAAUCUGCUCACCUACCCCGACAAAAUGAACGCCCUUCUCGAAGAAAUUCGAGGCAACUUCACAAAGCUGGAUGAACUCACAUUCGAACGUCUUCAGGAGCUGAAGUACAUGAAUGCCUGCCUGAAGGAGGCGCUGCGCGUUUAUCCCCCCGUGCCGAUCGGAAGUCCCAGAGUGGUGCUCCCAGGUGGACAACAGAUUCUUGGUAAAUGGGUGCCUGCCGACACGCGCGUGUCUGUCCACCACUGGUCGACGUACAAAUCCGAGAACAACUUUAAGAACGCCGAAACUUUUACGCCAGAGAGAUGGCUCAAGACGGACCCCACCUACGCCGGAGAUGCGCUGGAGGCUCACCAACCAUUCGGUUUCGGGCCGCGUAACUGCCUGGGCCAAAACAUGGCGAUGCACGAGAUGAGACUCAUUUUGGCUACCUUGCUCUUCUCAUACGACCUCGAGCUAUGUGAGGAGAGCCGGGACUGGAAGAACCAAAAGGCAUUUGCGCUCUGGAUCAAGAACCCGUUGAUGAUCCGCGCAAAGCCAUUGGCAACACAAACUAGGUUGAAAAUUUGAGGUAAAACCCGUCCGCUUCACUUCGGCUCUGAUCAAGGUUAAGAUCCAAAAUACAAUGCAAGUUGCAAUGGAGACAUAUACUCAUCUCUCUACCAAUGGAAUCGUCAAUUAAGUGAUAUCAGAGUAUUAUUGUGGUUCUGAGACAUACAAGGGAUCUAAGCGGCGGGAUGUUCACGAUGGCGGGAGAUCGACAUUUUAGAUCGUGUUAGUCAAA